UAAAUAAAAAUAUUGAGACGUACAGAUUUACGAGUGAAACCAUCUAAGAUUCAUUGUACGGAAACUCAAUCAAACGAAAUUAUAAAUUAUUAAGAAAAAUAAAAUGGAAGACGCGAUUCCUCCAGAAAACAAUGUAAUAAAGCCAUUCAGUUGUGAUGAAAAUUUGAUUAUCGAUCUCCAGAAUACUUAUUCUUCAAUGAACAAGAGUUUAGAUGAUAUUAAUGAAAUCAAUAAUUUAAAAGACAUAAUAGUAGGAAUAAUUCAUAAAAGGGAUUUACAACGAAAUGAAAUUGAUUUAGCUUUCAAAAUAUAUUAUAGAACUUUACAAAAAUUAAAAAUACGCACAGAUACAGAAUUUUUUGAAAACUUAAAUAAAUGUUCAUUUAACCAUCAACCCUUUAUUAUCAACGCUAUAAUCAUAACAAAUUUUCAGAAGCAUCUUGAAAAAGACAGUUUAAUAGAAAUAUGCAACAAAAUAUUUUUGAGAUGCGUAUUAGAAAAUUCGAAAAAUUUGAUUGUAAUUUUAAAAGCUAUGAAUUUAUUAAAUAAAAGAUAUCCAGAAUCUAAAUUUAAUAUAUCACUGGAUAAUGUAUAUUUUUGUCUUCAAAAUAAUACAAGUUUUCGGAUACGAGAUGAAAUUUUACAACUUUUUGAACGUUAUGUUCAGCGAUCACCAGAAGAGGCAUGUGAAAUAGUUUUUAUAGUUCUGAAUUAUAUGCCAUGGACAAACAAAAAUAAAUUUUAUAUAUUAUCAAUCAUUUUUAAAGUAUAUUCAUAUGAAUUUGUAAAAACAAGGGUUGAAUUUGAAAAUGAAGAAUUUUUUGAAGGCAUUCGUCUAGCUUUAACUUUCAAGCACUUAUUUUCUGCGGCACAAUGUUUAAUUAGAAGUUUAAAUAAUUUAAGUAAUGAAAUUUUCAUAGAAUUUAUUUUAAAAUUAUUCGAAAAUGCAUCUGAAAAAGAGAUGGUCAAUUUGAAUUCCCAGUGGUGGAAACAUAUUGAAAAUCGUGAACAAAUAUAUUUUAAAUUAAAUAUGGACAAUAUUUUUCGAAAUGUAACUCAAUCAUCAAGUGGUACCUAUCGAAAUAUUUUAAUUUGUUAUUUAUUUAGAAGUAAUAUUCUUAAGUCGGAUGAAAACACAUUCUACAAAAUAUUAAUAUAUUUCAUUGACCAUUAUGGAAAGUUCGACGAGAAGGCGCAAUUAUUUAUUUACAAAUUCAUAACAGAUACUUUAUCCAAUGUGAAUUUAAUGGAAAGAUAUGGAUUAUUUAAUGACAUAAUGAAUUUUUUUGUAGGAUUUUUUAAAGUCAACAUUUAUACUUCUUUGCCAGAUUUUCGGCAAUCUAUACUAGAAAAAGUACCUGAUAUAAUUAAUUUUGCUUCAAAGAUCUUACAUUGGGCUUCCGAUACAGCUUCAGCGAAAUCUGUGCAGCUUAUAAAUGAAAUUGAAAUAUUUUUUCGUAACAUUAUAGAAAUUUAUGAAUGUGGAAUUUCAUUAUCAAACGAAUACCAACCAAUAAUUUUUUCUUUGAAACUAUUUAAUCAAACACUAAAAACCAUUUAUUUAAAACCAGAAAGAAUCAACGUUAAAAAUUUAACAAAUCAAAAGCUAAUAGAAUUUUUAAAUGAAAAAUCGAUAUUUGAUUUUAAAAAAGUUCAAAUUCAACUUCUGCAAUUACUUGAUAAUGAUUUAGUUCAAUAUGAUGAUGUUCAGGCUAUUACUGUCAAUAUAAUCAACUCAAUCAAUUUAAUAAGCAGUGAAUCGCCAGAUUAUGAAGCAAUUUUGGAAAAUUGUAAAAUAAAAUGCAAAAGCUUGGAAUAUAAUAAAUGUUGUAAGGCUUCAAUAAUUGCUUCACUUAUAGUUGAUAAAAACUUAGAUGCUAACAAUCGUUUAUAUGAAUUUUGUAUAAAUAAUUUGUCGAACUCUUUUAAAAACUUUGAACAAGAUCCACUCCUCAUGUGCAAAACUGUACAUCACCUAUUUGGUUUCAUUAAUUGUUUGAAUAUUUUAUUUUCUACUGAGAAACAAAAAUAUUUGUUUGAAGAUUAUGAAAAUGUAAUUGAAAUAUGUUUUGAUAUAAAUAAAAUUAUAUUAAAAUUAUUGAAAAUCGCUAACGAAAAUAUUGAUGAAAAUACUUCUGCUAGUUUUGAAAUAAUGGAUGAAAGCUUAGACUUAUUGCUUCAAAAAUCAAAAAUUAAGACAGAUAAUAGCAUAUUAGAUCGUAAAUUACUGUUAUUGUCUUUUUGGACAACAUUAAAGGCUACCUGUGAUAUGGCUACCACUAUAGGUAUAAACUUAUUUAACUUAGAGAAAGAAGACUGUUUAAAACUAGAUUUGUUUGAAAAAUGUUUGGACAUUAAUAUUAACGUUUUAUGUAAAUGUCGACAUAAGGGAGCUAUUGAAGCUGCUGGUAUUUCAUUAGGUAUUCUUGUAAAGCAUACAACAAAUUUAGUAAACAAUAGAUCCAAAUUUUACAAAAAACUUUUUAAAUGUUUUGAUAUGCUGUUCAGUAACGUUAGUAAUAAUAGUUUAACUCGAAGAGGAGCUGGCUUAUCUAUAAUGCUUCAUCAUUUAUUGAAAAAUGAUAUGGACAAAUCUAAGUUACUGUUUUAUCAUGGAAUGAAAAUUAUUAUGUCACAUGUUCAAAAAAAUGAAACACCAAUUGAAGAAGCUGUAUUGAUAUCAACUAAUGGAGAAAAUUUUGAUGCUUUAAUGUUGCAUUAUUUGUGCGUUUUAGUUAAAGAUACAGAAUUAAAGGAUUACGUAGCCGAAUUCUAUGAUGAUAUUAUGAUGGCUGCAAUUAAAAGAAUAGAGCAUCGAGAAUGGUGUGUCAGAAAUGCAGCAUUACAAUUAUUUGGUGGUAUAGUACCCAAAAUGGUUGGUCAAAAGCAAUCAAGUGAUAUUGAAACGCCACUUGUAUUGUACUCAAGUGAAGUGACACUCAGAGAAAUUUCAAUUAAAGUACCAAAAACUUUGUUCUAUAUAUUGAAGUAUUGUUAUAAUAUCUGUAAUGAUACAACAUUUAGAAACCAAAAAUCUUAUAGCACUAUAAUACUUUUUUUAGAAUUUCUUUCAAACAUCGAAUAUUUGAAAUUAAACUUUAGUAAUAAUAACACUCAUACCGAGGAAAUUUUAUUGCAAUAUCGUGAGUUAUUUUGGAAACUUUUAAGUCAUAAAUGCGAAAAAAUUAGAAAAUUAUCUGCAACUUGUUUGGUUUCAUUUCAUGAUCUUAAUGAUGAAAUUAUGAAUUUAAUUUUAAGUCUUAUAAAAACAUUUAAUAUUAUUUCAGAACCUAAUUUUGAACAAGGUUUAUUAUAUGCUUUAAUUAGCGGAAUCAAUAAGAUAAAAAAUGGAAAGUAUUUAAAUAAAAAUUAUGAAGAAUCUUUUCUACUUUUCCGAACUUAUUUCAUAGACAAUUUCAGGAGGAAAAAAUUAUCAUAUUAUAAAUAG